GAUUUGCAUCCGGCCGUUCGAGGUCUGUGACAGGAUUCCUGAUUGUCCAGAUGGAAGUGACGAGGGCGCUCAUUGCCGUCUAGAAAAUAGUAAUAAAUGCAGCCGACGAAACUGUGAGGUUUCCUGCGCAGAGACAAUCUAUGGCGCCAUGUGCUACUGUCAACAAGGGUACCAGACUACUAAAAAUAGGAGGACAUGUGAAGAUUUGAACGAGUGCCAGGACCACUCUAUUCAUGGCUGUGACCAAACAUGCCUCAACUCUGAGGGGAGCUACAGCUGUUCUUGUUCCAGUGGGUACACACUUCAGAAAGACCUCAAGACAUGUGACCAGGCAGAUGGAAAGCCUGCGAAUCUGCUUGUGGCUAACUCCAGCACUGUCCUGAAGCUAAGCAUGAAAGGAACAGAUCUUGAUGGGAUUGAACCCAUACAUGCACUAGGAGUAAUGGCCUUAGAUUAUGACUACAGGAGAGAAAGGGUCUGCUGGAUUAAUUUUGCUGUUGAUAAAAACGAGUUGAUGUGUGCGAACUCGACCAGUUUUGGCGGACUCCAUAAACUGAGUGUGUUUUUUAGCGUCAGCCAUAUCCAACAGUUUGCCAUGGAUUGGAUAACGGGAAACAUCUACUUUGUUGACGACGUGUCCGAUCAGAUCUUCAUCAGUAACGCCGAGGGGAAUAAGGUCGUUCCGAUCCUGAGUGAUGGACUAGAUCAACCACAGGGUAUUGCCCUGGACCCUACAAAAGGACUCAUUUUCUUCACCGACCGUGGCACUAGUCCAAAAGUGAAACGAGCCAACAUGGACGGCAGUCAAUACGAGGACAUCGUCUCCGUCAAGAUUGCCACACCCCACGGCAUCGCCGUCGAUCUAGUUGCUCAGAGGAUCUACUGGACUGAUUCCAGUCUCCAGCUUGUUGAAAGUGCUGAAUAUGAUGGAAGCGACCGGACUACUGUAGCAAGAGGCGUAGAUGUUCAAUUUGGGUUUGGAAUAUCGGUGUUCAGGAACUAUAUCUACAUCACAAACUGGCUGGAGAAACCAACUAUCACCAAGAUCAAUAAGUUUGACGGAAGUGCAUCUGUGAUCAGACAUAAUAUAAGCUCAGGGGCUGGAGCUGUUAAGGUGUACCAUGAAGCUUUACAGCCAAUGGUUGAGGGUCACCCGUGCGGAGACAACAACGGCGACUGCACUCACAUCUGCCUCAUCUCUGGCAAGGAUGGGAGUGGAAAGCUGUGCCGAUGCCAGCAGGGAUUCCGACUGGAGAAUGGUACAACCUGCGUAGAGAACCGGGACAACUCUCGCUUCUUGAUCUACGGCCAGAGUUUCCCUGGUUCCGUCCACGGGAUACCAAUGACUGACAGGAGUGAUGAAGCCGAGUCCAUCAUUCCCGUCACCAACCUGGAGAGUCCGAGGGCGGUAGACUACUACGCAGCCGAAGAGUACAUCUACUUCGCCGAUUCCAACAACUACAUCAUUGGACGACAGAGGAUCAAUGGUACAGACCGAGAGGAGCUGAUAACCGAGAGGGUAAGCAACUGUGAAGGUAUCGCCGUUGAUUGGAUCAGUAAGAAUCUCUACUGGACCGAUGACGACUUGAAGACAAUCAGCGUGGCGCGUCUUGAUGGCACGCACCGGGCCACCAUCAUCUCGGAUAAUAUCACCCACCUCCGUGCUAUAGUGGUAGACCCCGUUGAUGGGUACAUGUACUUCAGCGACUGGGCCGAAGGCGUCGACAACAGCGACUUAGCGAAGAUUGAGCGUGCUGACAUGGAUGGGUCCAAUCGGCAGACGUUUGUGAGCGGGGACAUGCUGUGGCCCAAUGGCUUGAGCUUAGACAAAGGGGAAGGGAUGCUGUACUGGUGUGACGCCUUCUAUGAUGUCAUCAAGGGAGUUCCCCUGAACGGGACUGGCGAUAGACAGUCGAUAGUCAUCAGCGACAAGAUUCUGCACCCCUUUGGUUUGGAUUACUAUGGCAGGUUUAUCUUCUGGACGGAUUACACCAAAGGGGAGGUAUUGAGGUACGACCGGGACAGCGAGCAACUGGAUCCCGUUGUCCUGCGUAGUGGCGGUGUUCUCUUUGAGUUGAGGGUGUACGACCCUGAUCGACAGACAGGAACCAACGCUUGUUUUGAUAACAACGGAGGUUGCAGUGAGUUAUGCCUACCUACCCCUGGUGGGAGGCGAUGUGAGUGUGCAGACGGCAGGAAACUCGACAACGAUAACUUAAGCUGCAACGAUGAUCCUGCGUACAGCAAGCCUGACAUUUGUGACGGUGAGUUUGAAUGCAAGAAUGGUCGGUGUGUGGACAAGAUCUGGGUGUGCGAUGGGGACAAUGAUUGCGGGGACCUUAGCGACGAAGACCAUGAUUUAUGCGGUGUGGUGACGUGUGACGUCGAUGAGUUUGCCUGCCGUAAUUCAAAAUGCAUUACAGUCCGCUGGUUGUGUGAUGGUGACGAUGAUUGCUCAGACGGUUACCGUAGCGAUGAAGCAGCUGAGCAUUGUAGAGAUGACCAGUGUAAUUCAGCCCAGUUCCAGUGCGCUAAUAGUCGCUGUAUUCUCAAUCUCUGGCAGUGUGAUGGAGAGGAUGACUGCGGGGACAACAGUGAUGAAUUAGACUGCAGUCAACCUACUUGUCGUCCGUUUGAGUUUCAAUGUGACAAUGGCCGAUGUGUCGAGAUGUAUUUUGUUUGUGACCGCGUGGAUGAUUGCCAAGACAACACGGAUGAGCGCAACUGCUCGCACUCAUGUACCAAUGAGACGAGAUUCGAGUGUGAAACCUCUGGAUUCUGCAUCAAUAAACAGCUGAAGUGUAACGGCUUUGAUGAUUGUAUGGACGGAAGUGAUGAAGCCAAUUGCACUAACGUGAAUGCAUUCAAGUGUGGCGAUGGUGAGUUCAGCUGCGGUACCGGUUACUGCUUGCAGAAUUUCUACGUGUGUGAUGGGCUUGAUGACUGUGGCAACAAUAAAGACGAAGAGGACUGUGACCCUGGGUCCAAGUGUAAAAAGGAGAGUCACUUUCAAUGCGCAAAUAGCGCCUCCGAUGAAUGUUUACCAAUCUGGUGGAAAUGCGAUGGCCAGGCAGACUGUCCUGACCAAUCAGACGAGCUCGAUUGCUCUGCUGAAGCGUGCCCCCGGGGCUUCUGGCAGUGUCCGAACCACACCCUCUGCAUCCCCUAUGCUAACCUCUGCGACGGAGCGAGCCAGUGUGUGGACGGAGCCGACGAAGGAGGGCACUGCGAGGAGCGAUGGUGCGACACCAUAGAUUUCCUCCCUGACCGAGCCUGCACUCACACCUGCCAGAACUCCCCGUCCGGACGGCUCUGCACAUGCCCCGAGGGAACCCUACUCCUGCGGAACGACUACACCUGCGACGACGACAGUCGCAUGUGCUCUGUGCGAGGGCGCUGUAGCCAGAACUGCACCAACGGGAAAGGGACGUACAGCUGUCAUUGCUACGAGGGAUACAGCAUGCAGGGUGAUGGGGUGACGUGUAAGUCCAACGACCCGGCAGUGCCUUAUCUGAUCUUCUCCAACCGUAACCAGUUGCGUCGGAUUAAUCUGGAGACUCGAGACUACAACGUACUUGUCUACAACCUCAAGAAUACUAUCGCACUGGACUUCUGCUAUAACACUAGCCAGGUGUUCUGGACGGAUAUAGUGGACGAUAAAAUCUAUUGUGGAUGGAUGGACACAAACUCUCACAACGCUGGGCUGAGGAACAUACAAGAAGUAGUUAGUGCUGGUUUGGCUACGGCUGAGGGUCUGGCUGUGGAUUGGGUAGCCGGUAAUCUAUAUUGGGUAGAGAGCCAGCUGGAUCAGAUCGAGGUGGCUAAACUCAACGGCAGCUUCCGUACCACUGUCGUGGCUGGCCAGAUGGAGAACCCAAGGGCUAUUGCGCUGGAUCCCCGCUAUGGAUUGAUGUUCUGGACGGAUUGGGACGCAGGAAACCCUCGCAUUGAGAGAUCCACUAUGGCGGGUCUUGAUCGUCGAGUCAUCUUCAAAGUACAGGAUGUCCAAGGAGGUUGGCCCAAUGGACUCACCGUGGACUAUCUUGAAGAUCGGGUGUACUGGAUUGAUGCAAGAUCUGACUCCAUCCACUCCAUCCUCUACGACGGCUCCCUCCCGUUCACGAUCCUCCAGGGUCAUGAGUUCCUCUAUCAUCCCUUUGCCGUCACAGUCUUUGAGUCCACAGUGUACUGGACGGACUGGAGGACUAACGCCGUCUACGGUGCCAAUAAAUGGACCGGAGAGAACGUGACCCUCGUACAGAAGACCACUACCCAGCCGUUUGAUCUACACGUGUUCCAUCCACAACGACAACCACAAGUUUCGCCAGAGAAUAAUCCAUGUCUUCUAGACAAUGGUGGCUGUUCCCAUCUUUGUCUUCUGAACGGACACCAGGCGUCCUGUCUCUGCCCCCAUCUUAUGAUGCUCCGUGAUGACAAUAAAUCUUGCGAGGAGGACAAUGUAUUCUUUGUCAUCUCUGUACCGACCGAGAUCCGAGGAGUUCAUCUGAGCGAUGGAUAUCACAAUGUGAUUCCAGCUCUGACGGUCCCCAGCGUCGCCAACGCCUCGUCUGUUGAUCAUGACGUGGCUGAGCAACGCUUGUACUGGACCGACUUGGAGCAUAAAUCUAUCAAUAGGGCUUACAUCAACGGCACAGAGAUUGAAACCGUCAUCGAAGGUAUACCGGAUGCCUACAGUUUAACAAUUGACUGGCUGUCUCGGAAUAUGUACUGGACCAGCAUCUCAGCAGAGAAGAGUAGUUUAAAUAUCGCUAGGCUGGAUGGGAGUUAUCGCAAUGAGAUUCACGUCCGAAACCUCACAAGUCCACGAAGUGUCGUUGUGCGUCCUGUCAACGGGACCAUGUAUUGGAUCAAUGCAGGGGAGAUACCUACAAUAGAACGAGCCAAUAUGGAUGGAACAAACCAAGUGUCUGUCAUUGCUACUGGUUUGAAGGACCCUGUCGGUCUUGCUGUUGAUGAUGUCGGAGGUCGGAUCUAUUGGACAGAUGCAGGAGAUCAGAAUAUACAGUCGAGUGACUUGAGUGGCGCCAAUAUACAGAUAUUCUUAGCUCUGGAUGAAGAUGCUGAACCAUCAGCUAUUACUGUCACUGAAUCGUGGGUUUUCUGGGCAGAGACAACCACAGUCAAGUAUGUCAAUAAGACCAACACAAGCACUAACAAUAUUCAGGUGCUUAGAAAAGACGUUCCAGGAUUCAAGGAGAUGUUCCUCUAUGAUCCAAACUCCAAGAAAGCUACCAGUAACAGAUGCUCACAGGAUCAAGGAGGUUGCAGUCAACUUUGUAUACCGCUACCUAAUGUACAACGUGUUUGCGCAUGUACAGCCGGCUACACUCUGCAGGACGAUAACAUCAGCUGCAAAGGCGUUGAAUCCUUCUUGAUUUUCUCCAUGGAUACCAGCAUCCGUGGCACUAGCCUUGACCAGUCAGGCGAGGGCGAUCUACUCAUUCCGAUCACCGGUCUCCUCCUCUCUGUAGCCAUUGACUUUGAUGCAGCUAAUAACUUCAUCUACUGGGUCGAUACCUCGUCUCAUGAGAUCAGUCGUAUCCAUCGAGAUCACACAUCCAGAGAGGUUCUAGUCAGCGGAGGGUUAGGCAGGGUGGAAGGUCUUGCCAUCGACUGGAUCGCAGGAAAUAUGUACUGGACUGACCAGCAGUUGGACGUGAUCGAGGUAGCCAGAGUCAAUGGAACAUACCGUCACACACUCAUCUCGGAGAACCUAGAUAAACCGAGGUCCAUUGUCGUACAUCCUGUCAUGGGAUACUUGUUUUGGGGGGACUGGGGGACGGAGCCCAAAAUUGAGCGCUCCCGUCUAGAUGGCUCCAAUCGCACCACUAUCAUAGAUCUGGACAUCGCCUGGCCGAAUGGGCUGACCAUUGACUAUGAAGAGUCAAGACUGUACUGGUGUGAGGCCAAGCACGAUGUCAUCUACUCUGCGGACUUUGACGGGAAUAAUAUAGUGAAGGUGGUGGACAAGGUCGGCAUACAGGAUCCGUUUUCCAUCACGGUGUUUAAUGAGCACAUCUACUGGACAGACAGGACUCAUCUCGGAGGUUCCAUACAUCGUGCCUUAAAGACUAAUGGUUCAGAGAGGUUUACUCUGCAUGAAAAUUUAGGUCUGCUUAUAAAAGAUGUACACGUCUAUAGCAAGCAGAAACAAACAGGUACCAGUGCCUGUGCCGGGGAUGGCAAUAAAUGCGACCAGCUUUGUUUUAGUGUUGAGAACAAUCAGAGUACGUGUAGCUGUACCUAUGGACUUCUUGCUUCUGACGGCCACUCAUGCGAGGAGUUCGACGCUUACAUACUUUUCUCUCAGGGGAGUGUUCUAAAAAGUCUGAACAUCGACGUUGAAUUAGAAAGCAGUGUUCAGCCGAACAAACCACUCGCGAACCAGGAAUUCAUUCGAAAUGUCAUCGGCUUGGCCGUGGACUACAAGACAAAAAUGCUGUACUAUACGGAUAUACAGCAGGGGAGCAUUCACUCAAUGCAGUUGGAUGGAUUCAACCAUAAGACCAUCAUUGAGAACACUGGUUCUGCUGAGGGCAUAGCGUAUGACCCAGUCUUCCAAGAGAUCUACUGGACGAGUUACACCAACUCCUCUAUCAGUCGCAUCAGCCUGACUAACAAGGACGCUGCUGAGCAGGUGCUGGUGAGGCUGUCUGGAGACGACCAUCCUAGGGGAAUAGCUAUCGACACAUGUACGGGGUUUUUAUUUUGGUCCAACUGGAACUCGGAGCACCCUCGCAUCUCAAGGUCCCUCCUCGGCGGGACUGAGGUGGUCGACAUCAUCACGGAGGAGAUUCAGAUGCCAAACGGGAUCGUCAUAGAUCACGCUGCCGCUAAACUCUUCUGGUGUGACGCCUGGUUGGAUAAGAUUGAACGAACUGACUUUGAAGGGAAUAAUAGAUUUGUGAUACUCCCUCUGGAGCCGGUACAUCCCUUUGGCCUGGCAGUCUUGGGAGAACACAUCUACUGGACCGACUGGGUCAAGCGCUCGGUCAUCCGUGCCGACAAGUACACCGGCGGCGAUGUGACGGUCAUGGUCAGCAAGCUCCGUCAGCAACCCAUGGGACUGGUCAUGGUCUCGGAGGACGUCAGUGAAUGUACAGAAUGGCGUUGCCACACCUACAAUGGUGGCUGUGAUGGCACAUGCGACACAGAUGAAAAAGGACACAUUGUGUGCUCUUGUGACGAGGGUCUUCAUCUUUUUGAAAAAUUCAGGUGUCUGGAAGCGGAAACUAACAACUGCUCCCGGUCUGAUGAGUUUGUAUGCGGGAAUGGUGAAUGUAUACCCUAUGAAGACACCUGUGAUGGGUUGCAACAGUGCGAGGACGGCUCCGAUGAAAGGGAGUCAUAUUGCCUUAUCCGUGACUGUCGCCGUGGUUACUUCCGCUGCCACAAUGGACGCUGCGUGCCCAAUGUCCAUCGAUGUGACUUCUAUAAUAACUGUGGUGACAACAGCGAUGAAAACAGAUGCGGUCGAUGCUACGGGAAUGAGUUUAUGUGCGGCAGUGGAGAGUGCGUCGAUGGGAAGGCCAAAUGUGACACUAAACUGGACUGCAAAGACUACUCUGAUGAAACGGACUGCCCGGAUAUAACGUGUGCGGAAUGGCAGGUGAGCCUGAAGUGGGUGUCUACCCCGCUGAUUGGCUGCAACUCAACCUCCAUCUGCAUCCAACCUCAGUUGGUAUGCGAUGGAAUCAACGAUUGUGGAGACAACACAGACGAGGAAGGGUGCAGCACUGAACGUCCAGGGGAUACAGGUUGCCUGACCAACUUCCACCAGUGCCCCAAUGGUCAUUGCAUUCGCCAGGCGUGGGUCUGCGAUCGCGACGACGACUGUGGAGACGGUUCCGAUGAAACAGAUUGCACGUACACAUGUGACGGUGAUCAAUUCAAGUGUGACAAUAAUAUGUGCAUUCCGAAAAAAUGGACCUGUGAUGGCGACAAUGACUGCUCCGAUAACUCAGAUGAGACAAACUGUGACGACACAACCUGCAGCAGUGACCAGUUCCGAUGUGUUGCCAACAAACGUUGUAUUCCGAGGCUGUGGGUGUGUGAUGGAGAUAAUGACUGCGGAGAUGCUGCCGAUGAACGCUUGGACCAAGGAUGUAAUGUGACGCGUUGCGAUGACAACGAGUUCGCAUGCCUUAAUGGUCACUGCCUCCAGCUUGCUUGGGUGUGCGAUCGGGACGACGAUUGUGGGGACGGGUCCGACGAAACAGAUUCAUGUGAGUACUCGACAUGUCCUCCUGACCAGUACAGCUGUGAUAAUGGUCAGUGUAUUCAUCGGUACUGGCUCUGUGACGGCGACGCAGACUGCAGAGACAACUCUGAUGAAGCUAACUGCUCCUCUGUUGCCCCUCCCAUUGGAGACUGUGAUCCAGACGCCCCAGGGACGCAGUUCCGCUGUGAAAACAACGACUGCAUCUCAAGUAACUUGGUUUGCGAUAACAACGCCGACUGCGUGGAUGAGUCAGAUGAGAGAAAUUGCAAUGUGAAUGAAUGUGAGAUAACCCAUCCAUGCCACCACAUGUGUGAAGAUUUGCCAACCAGCUUCUUAUGUUCGUGUUAUGAUGGCUACAGACUGCAAAAUGAUAGCACUACGUGUGAAGAUAUAAAUGAGUGUGUGGAAACGCUGCCAUGUUCACAGGGUUGUCUGAACUCCCCUGGGACUUUCCGUUGUUUCUGCGUCGAUGGUUACGAAACGCUUCCAACUAAUCCACACAAAUGCGUCCUCUCUGCGACCUAUGAAAAGCCCCAAAUUCUCUUUGCCAAUCGCUACUACAUCCGCUCCGUGGAUUUAUAUGGCAAUAACUAUAACCUCGUACAAGCUCAACUGACUAACGCUGUAGCGCUAGAUUUUGACGUCCAGGACCGAAAAGUGUACUGGUCUGAUGUGACACAACAAGACAGUACCAUCAGCCGUAUGGACAUCAAUGGGAGCAAUACUGAGGUGCUGCACUUGGGUGUUCUCAAUCCAGACGGUUUGGCGGUGGAUUGGGUCGGCAGGAAUCUGUACUGGUGUGAUAAAGGUUUAGAUCAGAUCGGAGUGUCGACUCUCGAUGGCCACUUCAGGAGGGCUCUUAUCAAGGAAGGGUUGGACGAGCCAAGAGCUAUUGCGCUGGAUCCACGUAACGGGUUGGUCUACUGGACGGAUUGGGGUGAGAAGCCUUACAUCGGGCGAGCAAGUAUGGACGGAGCUAGAGCUCAACGCCUCGUCGAGGACCACUUGAAAUGGCCGAAUGGUCUGACCAUUGACUACACAACGGACCGUGUGUUCUGGGCUGAUGCUCACAUGGACAGGGUUGAGUUUGUGGAAUGGGACGGAACAAACAGACAAGUGGUUAUCAGCCAAGGCAUCCCUCACAUCUUUGCCAUCUCAUUGUUUGAGGACUGGCUCCUGUGGACGGACUGGGAGAAUAAGACCGUAGUCAGAGCUGAUAAGUACACCGGGAAGAAUCGAACCACCCUGGUGACUACCGUGCAUCGACCAAUGGACAUCCACGUUUACCAUCCACUCCGGCAGCCACCAGCCAUGUUCAACCCAUGCAAGUACAAGAACGGCGGCUGCAGCAACCUCUGUCUUCUCAACGAUCGCAGCGGUCGCACCUGCGCCUGCCCGACCAACUUCAACCUGUCCCCCGAUGAGAUGACGUGUGUCUCUAACUGCACCUCUAGUCAGUUCAUCUGUAACAAUGACAAAUGCAUCCCGUUCUGGUGGCGAUGUGAUGGACAAGACGAUUGCGGGGAUAACUCUGACGAACCGGAAGACUGCCGUCCGUUCUACUGUGUGGUUGGCCAAUUCCAAUGUGCCAAUUCCACUGAAGAGAAUAAAGAUUGUAUCAACCCGUCCUAUGUGUGCGACGGGGAGAACGACUGCAAGGAUGCGUCUGAUGAACUCAGUUGUGAGCGCCACACAUGUAUGCCGAGCCAGUGGAAAUGUCACAACAGUAGUCGCUGUAUUCCUCUGUCAUUCCGCUGUGAUAGCUUCGAGCAUUGUCCCAACGGUGAAGACGAACAAGAUUGCCCCACACCUACUUGCCGUGAGGGGCAAUUCUCUUGUCUUAACGUCCACUGCAUCCCUGAAGUCUGGAAGUGUGACGGUGAUGAUGAUUGUGGAGACGGGAGCGAUGAGCCAGAUACUUGCGAAGCGAGGACGUGCCCAGAGAAUCACUUCACGUGUAAUAAUUCCCACUGCAUUCCUGAUCGAUGGCUCUGUGACUUAGAAAAUGACUGCGGUGACGAUUCAGAUGAAAUUGACUGCGGUAAACUGACGUGUGCUGCCGAUCAAUUCCAUUGUCUGAAUUAUCGUUGUGUCCCUCUGAAUUGGCGAUGCGAUGCCGAUGAUGACUGCCAAGAUGGGUCGGACGAAGAUGACUGUGACUUCACUUGCACCACCAACCAGUUCACCUGCGACAACAACGAGUGUAUCCCUCAAGAAUGGAAGUGCAACGGUGAACUGAACUGUGCUGAUGGUUCUGAUGAAAACCAGGCGGUUUGCGAUUCUAUCCAGUGCACACCGGAUGAGUUUAAGUGUGAAAAUAACCAGUGCAUCUGGAAUCGUUGGCACUGCGACGGUGAUAGAGACUGCAACGACGGGUCAGAUGAGAACGGCUGUAUGGAAAGGACAUGCAUGGAGUCUGAGUUCCCGUGUAACAAUACGCAGUGCGUCCCUCGACAGUGGCGCUGUGACGGAGAAGACGACUGCGGUGAUAACUCUGAUGAAGAUCCUGGUCUUUGUGCCAAGCUGUCCUGUUCUCCAAAUAGAUUUCAGUGUAGUAAUCAUAUCUGUAUUUAUCCUUCAUUGGUGUGUGAUGGACAUGAUAACUGUGGGGAUAACAGCGAUGAGGAUUGUGCUCCUGUUCUGUGCAAUGCUGACGAGUUCAAGUGCGGAAACAGGCAUUGUAUUUCACUAGCCAAGGUCUGUGACCGAUUUGACGAUUGUGGGGACCGUUCCGACGAGGCUGACUGCAUCCCACGCACCAAUUGCACUGGUGAUGCCGCCAACUGCACCCCUCCUUGUGAUGAAGGCUACGCUCUCCAGAACGAUGGUGUCACAUGCUACGAUAUUGAUGAGUGUGAGGAGCCUGGGAAAUGCUCUCAACUCUGCGAGAACUUGAAGGGAACUUAUUCUUGCGGAUGUUUUGAAGGAUAUAUACAGGAUAGAUCCGGUCUGCAUAGCUUUACAUGCAAGGCAGAGGGACCUCCUGACUUCCUCUUGAUACCGGACAACGGUCAGCUCCAACGCCUCGAUCCCAACCUGAAUAGCUACACCGUGGAGUAUAGGAGCGCGGAUGGAGCCCAGGUCGAUGCCUUGGACUUCAUCUACUCCACACAGACCGUCUUCAUGGUAGACUCUGCGAGCGGUAACAUCAGCAGGGCAACGGUUGCGGUGGAUCGAAGCGGAGGCCGCCAGCGUAGACAAGCUGUCCAACAGACGAUUGUCAGUGGCUUAACGAAUCCACGAGGUAUCGCUGUCGACUGGGUCACCUCCAAGAUCUACUGGGUAGACGCAACGAGGAACACCAUCAAUGUAGCCCAGGAGAAUGGCAGGAACCAGUUAACGCUGGUAGGCACUCAGCUUCGUCAGCCACAUGCAAUCGUGGCCCACCCCAGUAACAGUUGGAUUUUUUGGACCGAGAUCGGUCGGCGCCCUCUAAUCUCUCGUAUUGACAUGGACGGAGUAAAUCGAAUGGUCAUCGUGAGCAACGAUCUGCAGUACCCAACUGGUCUGGCGAUAGAUUACGUCCACGAUAAGCUGUACUGGGCUGACUCCAAGGCUGCCAGGAUAGAGAUGGCGGAUCUUAACGGAGACAAUCAAAAGGUUGUCAUUCGCUUCCAAACAGAUUCAGAACGACCCUUUGCCAUCGACGUCUUUGAGGAUUGGAUUUACGGCACCACAGAGCCGUCCAAGAAGAUCUUUAAGGUCAACAAGUUUGGACGGACUGACGAAGAAGAAGAGUCGGUGAGGUACCUAGUCGAAGGGCUGUCGUCAUCCUCCGAUAUCGUUCUUGUACAAAAGCAGAAACAAGCAAAGGACAUCUUAGACCCAUGUCAGUCCGAUCCAUGCGAAAUCAAUCAGUUGUGUCUGAAGUCUUCAUCGGGCUACUCCUGUAACUGUACCGAGGGGUACAUGAUGACCAAUGCAGAGUGUGUAACAAUACCUAGCACACCAUCACCCUGCGUUGAUAUCCUCUGCCAGAAUGGUGGCACUUGUACAGUACUCGACGAUGGAAGUACAAAAUGCAGAUGCCAAUCACAGUUCAACGGUGACUCCUGUGAGGUCGAUCGUUGCGAGCGUUACUGUCUGAACGAGGGAACAUGUGUGGUCAACGAUUACAACUCCAGGCUGACUUGUACCUGUACCAUAAGAUACAAAGGGGAACGAUGUUCCACGGAUCGUUGUGACGCUUACUGCAACAGUAGAGGAAACUGCGAGGAAAGGGACGGCGUACUGGUUUGCCUGUGCAGUCGUCGUUACACUGGGGACAAGUGCGAGACAGACUUGUGCGAAGGCUACUGUCUGAAUGGUGGGACCUGCAGGGUACCAUCACUGGUUGGUAACGCCACUGCUGCACCAUCAUGUACUUGCCCAUACCUGCAUACCGGGGACCGGUGUGAAGUAGCCCCACAACGACCCUGUGAGAAGCUGCUGUGUGCAAAUCAAGGAAUUUGCCACAACAUAUCAUUGUAUUCGGCUGUUUGUAAUUGCACCUCGCCACGGUAUACGGGACCUCAGUGCAUGGUGGAUGGCUGCGAUAGAUGUUUCGCCCAAGGCAAGGAUUGUCAUGUAGCAAUCAAUGGAACUGAAUGUGUAGCUUCAGGAUUGAAUCCGCAUUCUGUUCAUACAACAGCAUUACCGGGUGUCGUCAACCAAAACACGGCAAACAAGUCCAAAGUUUCUUUAGCGGUGGCGUUACCAGUCAUUCUUGUAAUUCUGGUAGUUCUCAUCAUUGUCUUAUUAGUGCGGUACAAGAGAAAGUAUACCGGUAGUUUUAAACAUCAUCGGAUGAAGCAGGAUCCAGACAAUGUAGAGAUUGGUAAUCCGACGUUCAUGUACGAGCCUCAGCUUAACGAGGAUGACGGACCACAGCUUGUAGACACGGCGUUUACCGUCAAAGGAAUCAAGACGACCAAUUUCUCCAAUCCAAUGUACGAGUCAUUAUACGCUGAUCGACAGAGUACCGGCUCGGAGAUAAGUUUAGAAGAGAAAAAGGACUUACUCGACGACACAGAAACAAUGGAAGAUGAUACGAGAUCAUUAGGUCUCGGAGAAGAUGACGAGAAAGCCGCGAUAUUAAGAUGAAAGUGAGAGUAAAUAAUCAACGAAAGGAAAAAUGUCCCGUCUGUAAGGAAAUAGUCAAGGGACUUUUGAAAAGUGUAACUGAUCGCUGAAAUUAAUUUCCAAUGUAUGACCUACUUGGUCGUGACCACCAUGUAAAUAUAAACAAAGGCAUUAUUUGAAAACAAAGUUGUGUCCUUUUUUUGGUAAAGUUACAGUACUUGUAAUAUUAAUUUUUUUGUUUUUUUUAGUGUAAUGCGGAGUCGAAGAAGCUGCAGUCUGCUGCCAAUAUCUAAGGACCUAAUUUCAUAAAAAUUCUUAGCAGGGAAAAGACCUUGCUGAGCGGAACGGGUUACCAGUUACUUGCUUACUUGUGCCUGGCUCAGCGACUUAAGCAAAUAAAUACAGCUUAAUACACAAUAUUUUUUAUUGACAUUGUUGAAACUUGGGUCUUGCUAUGAAGAUGUUUCCCCCAUGCCUUUUUUUCACUUCAAGGAAGAAUCUUUUGGGGUUGAAGGGUCAAAAUGUCAGGCCAUUUAGUAAUUUUGUCUUUAAUUCAUAGGUCCUUUUGGUUAGAAAGCAGUUUGCAACAGCUAUAUCUAUUUUUUCCCCAUUUUUUUCUUCUUCCAGUCCAUUUAAAACUACAUGCAAGCACAACCGAUAGUACCUGAUACGUCAUCAUUACGGGCAACUUGGGUUUUGGCUUUGACUUGCGUCAAGCAUUAUAGUUUUUUCUACCCAACUGAGGAGUUUUACAAAACUACAGCAUACUUCAUGCUGCAUUUACGCAGAAUUCAGUAACAAAAUUACUAUAAUUUCUGGUAAAGAUGGCUGUCUACACACUCUAUGGUGUCGGGAGGAAACUAUUUAUCUAAGCUUGCAAAAAAAAUAUAUUAUAAGACUACCUUGAUCUGUGUUUAUUUUUCCAACUUGUGCUUGAUGUACUAACCUUUUAAUCACCUUUUUUUUCUCUUUGUAAAUAUAUACCGCCAUCACAAAUGUGGGACCCUUUUUGUUUUCUUGGCCUACCAAUUUGGAAGUAAUCACAUAAGAAAGAAGAUUAUUUUGGUAGUGUUGUUUGUGGUUAUGUCUGUAUGAUUAGCAUGUGUCUAGGUCCCAGUCUCAUUGUGCGUGCUUACCACAGAAUUAUGCGUUUACUGCGCGCUACAAAGUGUGGCAGGGCGAAGCGCAGAAUUCCACAGUAAGCAGGCUCAUGAAGUUGGACCAUGGUUUUGUAUCUUCAUGGAAACACAACAAACAUUGACUGAUGGGUGCUAAAACCAUGGACAGGGUUUUCUUCCAGCUAAUUUGAGAACAAAACAAAAGUCAUUUUUUAUGCUUAUCAUAACUUAUAUUUGUACUUUUAUAACCGUUUUAGUAAGAACUUUUAAAAAGGGGGCUGUUGCCUUUUUUUGUUUUUGUGCUCAUGUAUGCUAAGUAAUGCAAAUUUAGUGGAUAUUUUCAUCUUAUCUGGUCCGGUUGGAGUGUCUUGUUUGAAACGGUGAAGGAGUAAUAAGUAGCGUUAUAAUGUGAUUCAAUUAUUCAAAAUAAGCAAGCAAUUUAGACAAGUUUAGCGCCUUUGGUUGUAAGUGAAUGGAUUUCUGGCCUAAUAUGCGUUAACGUCUUCAUUAAUUUUAUCAGGAUUAUGCGUAGAAAGCCACCCAAACUUUCGUUAACUUGAUUGGACGUUAGACGUAUUUUCCUAAAAACUUCUACUAUGUCUUUUUUUAAAACAAAUUGUGUACUAAAUUAAUAUUGGCUACUGAGAAAAGUUACUUACGAUUCGAUGAACAAAUUCUUCUCCAAUGUGCAAGAAUUUAUAGCCUAAAGAAAUUCUACAAAUUUUAUUUGUUAAAAACAUGUCCAGUUUUCUAAUUUUGAGUACUUGACCACUGCAGAAGAAUGUGAAAAGUACUUUUGAAAAAUACUUGAUUUGUACAAAUUAAUACUUAAAAAUGUAAUAAAUUUACUUAAAAGUAAAUAAUGACUUGUAAAUUGUUUUAUUCAAUGUUGGUUGGUGCAUGACUAAAAAGUGUACCAGAAAGUUACUUUAAACAAUUGAUUAAUUAGGAUGGGCUGUCUUUAUUGGAAUUCGGUUUCAUAUUUUGUUUUUUCUGGUUGAUGCAGGGAUAAUAAGUCUGCAAUCUUGUUUCAGUUUUAUUAGCAGAUCAAAAUAGGAGGGCAAGCUUGAUAUGCUGUUUGGACUUUUCUUGAUUGAUUGUUAGCAGAUGAAGACAACAUAAUGAGGGUUACAGAGGUAGAUGUUAUUAUUUAAGUUUUUUUCUUUUCUUGUUUUAAUGAAAGUUUUUGUUGAAAACAUUUAUAACUUUGACCAUAACUUGGAAUUGGAUUUUUGUUUAAUUGUUGACAAUUUAUUUCUUUAUUGAGAUUAUUGUUGUUACUUUUUUUCCUGUUC